AAGUGACGCACGGCGGGGUUGCCGGAAGAAGUGGCGAAGUUACUUUUGAAGGGACCUGAGUAGCGGCGGCGUGUCAGGGGCUACCGAGGAGGAAGAAGAGACGCAGAGCAAGGGGACGGAGGCAGUAGCUCGCGCCUCCACAGGCUGUUUCCAGGGCAACGGGAGUAGGAGACCCCGCGAGAGACCGCCCACGAGACCCCCGCGCGCAGCCAUGAGCCCCGCCCCCUAUUGGUGCUCGGAGAGGGGCGGGACCUGGAGCGAGGCUGCUCCGUGACCCCACUAUGUCCUCCCCCACCACGAGUUCCCUGGACACCCCACUGCCUGGAAAUGGACCCCCACAGCCCGGCGCCCCCUCUUCUUCACCCACUGUAAAGGAGGAGGGUCCUGAGCCGUGGCCCGGGGGUCCCGACCCUGAUGUCCCAGGCAUUGAUGAGGCCAGCUCAGCCUGCAGCGUGGUCAUCCCAGACCCAGAGGAGGAGCCAGAGCGCAAGCGAAAGAAGGGCCCUGCUCCAAAGAUGCUGGGCCACGAGCUUUGCCGUGUGUGCGGGGACAAGGCCUCUGGCUUCCAUUACAAUGUACUCAGCUGCGAAGGCUGCAAGGGCUUCUUCCGGCGCAGUGUGGUCCACGGCGGAGCUGGGCGCUAUACCUGCCGGGGUGGUGGGACCUGCCAGAUGGAUGCCUUCAUGCGGCGCAAGUGUCAGCAGUGCAGGCUGCGCAAAUGCAAGGAGGCAGGGAUGAGGGAGCAGUGCGUCCUCUCUGAAGAACAGAUCCGGAAGAAGAAGAUUCGGAAGCAACAGCAGCAGCAACAGCAGCAGCAGUCGCCUGUGGGGCCGGGGGGCAGCAGCAGUACAGCCUCCGGGCCUGGGGCAUCCCCUGGAGGGCCUGAAGUGGGUGCCCAGGGCUCUGGGGAAGGCGAGGGUAUCCAGCUAACAGCGGCUCAGGAACUAAUGAUCCAGCAGUUGGUGGCAGCCCAGCUGCAGUGCAACAAACGCUCCUUCUCUGACCAGCCCAAAGUCACGCCCUGGCCCCUGGGCGCAGACCCCCAGUCCCGAGAUGCCCGCCAGCAGCGCUUUGCCCACUUCACGGAGCUGGCCAUCAUCUCAGUCCAGGAGAUUGUGGACUUUGCCAAACAGGUGCCUGGCUUCCUACAGCUUGGGCGUGAGGACCAGAUUGCUCUCCUGAAGGCGUCCACCAUCGAGAUCAUGCUGCUGGAGACGGCCAGACGCUACAACCACGAGACAGAGUGCAUCACCUUCCUGAAGGACUUCACCUACAGCAAGGAUGACUUCCAUCGUGCAGGCCUGCAGGUGGAGUUCAUCAACCCCAUCUUUGAGUUCUCGCGGGCCAUGCGGCGACUGGGCCUGGACGAUGCUGAGUACGCCCUCCUUAUCGCCAUCAACAUCUUCUCAGCCGACCGACCCAACGUGCAGGAGCCAAGCCGCGUGGAGGCGCUACAGCAGCCCUAUGUAGAGGCACUGCUCUCCUACACGCGCAUCAAGAGGCCGCAGGACCAGCUGCGCUUCCCACGCAUGCUGAUGAAGCUCGUGAGCCUGCGCACUCUGAGCUCUGUGCACUCGGAGCAGGUCUUUGCCCUGCGGCUCCAGGACAAAAAGCUGCCACCUCUGCUGUCUGAGAUCUGGGACGUCCAUGAGUGAGGGGCCAGCCACUCUGCCCCACAGCCUUGCCUGACCACCCUCCGACAGAUGGACACUGUCACCUCUUCCUCCUCCUGGAGUAGAAAGGGGCUUGCCCUGGCCCUGCAGUCCCAUCUUGUGGCUUGGAGCACAGGCCCCGGCCCUGCCAGCCCUUAGCCUUCAGGAUGAGCCCCAGUUGGGGUCCAGGAGGCUUUCCACUGCCCACCGAGUCUUCCAGGAGGGGUAGGUGGGUCACAGGUCCUGAACUCUGACCUUUCCCAGCUGCCCUUCCCACCCAGCUUACACCCCAAGCCCACCAUGCAAUGCACCUUGAACAGAGGAAGGAAAGGGCCCAUGGCUCUCUCCCGCAGCCCAAGAGACCAUAGGACCCUCCUUCCUCUGCUUUUAUUUAAUAAAAACUAAAACAAAACAAAAA